CGGUCGCAGGGGGGCACGCUGCGACAGACCUGGACAAGGAAGAAAGAGACCACAAGACCCGGGCUGUGUGCGCUCAGCCCCGGCAGCCCCGCACCGGGACGGACCCUCGGCGACCCCGGCGGCUCAGUCUGCGCGGAACGCUGACCGCACCCCUCUCUCCCUGUUGGAGCCGCGCGCCUUCCGGUGCGCCUUCCGCCCCGCCUCCCCGGGCAGGAAGUGCCGGCGCCGCCACGGUCCGACCACAGCCCCGCGCUCGUUGCUGUCGCUCGUCGCCUCGCGUAGGGCAUCCGGGAUCUGGUACCUAGUGCUGGGGCCUUGUGCAUACAAGGCAAGCACUCUACCAACUGAGCUAUAUCCCCACCCCAACGAUGGCUUUCAGUAGUGUUGGAAGCUAAGCACCAAAGCCAUUUACAGAGGAUCCAGGAGUGAUCAGGAAGAUGAGGAAAUGGAGACAACCUAAACAGCCACCAUGUCAAGCAAAAAGGCAAAGACCAAGACCACCAAGAAGCGCCCUCAGCGCGCAACAUCCAAUGUGUUUGCCAUGUUUGACCAAUCGCAGAUUCAGGAGUUCAAAGAGGCCUUCAACAUGAUUGACCAGAACAGAGACGGUUUCAUUGACAAGGAAGAUCUGCAUGAUAUGCUUGCCUCAUUGGGGAAAAAUCCCACUGAUGCUUACCUCGAUGCCAUGAUGAAUGAGGCUCCAGGACCCAUCAAUUUCACCAUGUUCCUCACCAUGUUUGGUGAGAAGUUAAAUGGCACAGAUCCCGAAGAUGUCAUCAGAAAUGCUUUUGCUUGCUUUGAUGAAGAAGCCACAGGUACCAUUCAGGAGGAUUACCUGAGAGAGCUGCUGACCACCAUGGGCGAUCGAUUUACAGAUGAGGAAGUGGAUGAGCUGUACAGAGAAGCCCCUAUUGACAAAAAGGGGAAUUUCAAUUACAUCGAGUUCACGCGCAUCCUUAAACAUGGAGCAAAAGACAAGGAUGAUUGAAAGAACUAUAGCUAAAAUCUUCCAAUUACGUUAUCUUUCUCUAUUUUAUUUCUCAGACACUGUCCCCACCCUCAUACAACCUGUUGCAUGCAACUUAGUUUCACAGCUUCGCUUUUUUUUUUUUUUUUUAAUGUAUUUAUUCCAGACCUUUCUGCCACUUAGCACUUGUAUAAUCAGACUGGAAAUGGGGAUGAGGUUGUAAAUUGUAUUGAAAAAGAAAUUGCGAAUAAAAAUCAACAAAUGUGAAAGCCCAGGAAAAUAUA